AUGUCGGCGCCGCCACCAACAGCACGACUUGGCUUCCCAUUGCCCGCCGAACUCCUGGAAGAGGUCCUUCUCCAACUGCCUCACAUCCGCGAUAUCGCCCGCUGCAAAGCCGUCUGCCGCCAGUUUCGCGACGCUAUCAAGACCUCACCCUCUUUCCGCUUCAUGCCAUUCUUCCCCUUCGCCGAUGACAAGCGCGUCAUGAAAACCGUCUUCAGCAAGCGCAACCUAUUCUACGGCCAGCCGUCUCCUUUCGUUACCUGCAUCAACCCCAUCUUCGCCAUGCAAGUCGUCAAUCUGAGGAUCAGCUACGGCGAGUUGUUCGGCUGCUGGUGGACGAGCAGCACUGACUCCCCAUCUUACAACCCCGUCACCGGCAUUGUCCGCAUCCGCUGGCAACUCGCGAGAGAUGCCUCCUUCGGGCGACCUCGCAUCACGUCCAAGAAGAUCCUCAACAUGCGCAUCGACCACCCUCGAGUGCGUACUUGGAUGGACAUGUGCAUCCGGAGCGUUCCGAAAAUGAGCGGGGAGAUCAAGCCAGAGACGACCAUCAGGGAGUUCCUCGAGUGGUCUGAUGUGUUGGAUCUGGACGAGAAGCGGGCCAGUAACCUGUUCGUCAAGGAACCCAUCAUUCACGCUUGA